AGGAUAUGCUUCGCAGUGCUCUCAGUUUCACAGCAGCAGCAGCAGCAGCAGCAGCCGUGAGGACGACACACUCUGCAGUCAAGAUGAGUGCUGGGGAUGUGGUCUGCUUCGGCUGGCUCAUUAAAUCCCCCCCAGAGAAGAAACUAAAGAGAUUUGCAUGGAGGAAACGCUGGUUUGUGCUUCGCAGAGGUCGCAUGAGUGGUAAUCCCGAUGUUUUGGAGUACUAUCAAAGUAAGAACUCCAAAAAGCCGAUUCGCACCAUUGACCUGAAGGAGUGUGAGGUUGAAAUGCUGAAUGGGCAACUCAGGGUAAAGCGAGACUUCCAUGGGAAGCACCUCUUUGUGGUGAAGACCUCAUCCCGCAUUUUUUACCUGGUGGCCAAAACCGAGGAGGAGAUGAACAGCUGGAUCAGUAGCAUCAGCCAGAUUUGCCAGUUUGCGAACCCGGAGGAUCCAGAAAGCUCAGAGGAAGGCUUACCUCACACGCCCACCUCCCUUCAGCUGUCGCCUGACAUCUCUGACCGAGCAUCUGUAUCAAGCCAAGAUCCCAGUUAUCCACUGGACUACCUCUUUCUGUCACAGUGUGAGACGGGGACUGUAAGCAGACAAGACAGCUUCUCAAACUCUGAGAUCUCUCUGGAGCAGAGGUCAUUAGACGAUGCUGUCAAGGACAUCGUCCCCUCACCUCUUUGCAACGAUUCCUCUCCAUCCAUCUCUCACGCCAGCCCCAGCCCAUCUCUUUUCUCCCAUGGAAGGCUGACUAACUCUCCCUUCAGUGCUCCAUGCACCUCCAUGCCUUUACCAUCGUCCUCUUCCUCUCCGCUACAUCACUGUGCCACAAGUGUCUUCCAGUUUGACAAACCUUACUCUUCUGCGUCGUUUGAGGCAACGAGUGACAGACUAACACCUCCUCCGCUGCCGCCCAAGCCUAAUCACCUGUCAGAGCACCUAAGUGAUGACGGAGCUCACAAGCCAAGGGCAAUGAGCAUGCGGCAUUUCUCAAGCCACGCUGCACUAUUUCCCCGGAGGACAUCUUUGUCGAGCCUGGACCAUUUCAGAUUGGGGGAUGCAGAUAGCAGGUCAAUGAGGAACAGAAGGCAGAGUCUAAAUUUGCAGCCUUGUUUAAAUACCACACAAGUUCAAAGCUACCAGGAUGAGUCAUACGUACCCAUGGCCUCCCCAUCUCCCCCUGUUACCACUGUUGAAUGUGAUGGUUACAUCCCCAUGAGUCCCAGGACAUUCAGUUUCCUCAACCCAAACUACAAAGAUGAAUCCCCCACAUCUCUCAGCCCACUCCUUUGUCAACCUGAAGAUCUUGCACCACCUCCAAUUCACCGGCACCUAAAGCCUCGCUUGAGGAGAGCUCGACCUCCACCUCUUGACUUGAGAGGCCUUUCUACAAUCACAGAAUGUCCCACUCAUAUUCCUUUGAGCAGAGCAAUAACUGAAUCAUGCUUUUCUAACUGCUUACCACCUGAAAGAAAACUUGAGAAUGGGGAUGUAGACACCAAUUGCUCUGCAAUGGAGUCAAGGCAACAGUUCUAUCUCACCUCUGACGGAGCAGUUCAACCCUGGGCGAGAAAAUCAAACCUUGACUAUCUGUCCUUGGAUUUCAACUCUGCAUCCCCCUCUCCUGUGCAGAAGCAGAAGCCCUUUCUGUCUGAUGAACACAGAGUGGAUUACGUGCAGGUGGAUGAGAAGAAGACUCAGGCACUGCAGAACACCAAAAUGGAGUGGACAGAUGUCCGGCAGUCAAAGACAUAAACGGACAAUACAUGAUGGGAAAAAAAUAAUAAAUCUGGAGCACCUAGUUUCAAGAAAAUCAACAAUAACACCAGCAAAGAGGACACAUAUGAAGAGGACCAAAAACAAUUUAAGAGCACUUUGAAAAACAGUAUUCACUUAAAAGUACAAGGAUAAAUACUAAGCAGUCACAGGCUUAUCUGCAUAGAGGAAACACAAAAUUGCACUGUAAAAACUUUAAGUUAAUUCUCAGUAGAUCUGUACUGUAAAUACUGCCUGAUCAUGCACUGUUCACAGUGAUUUUUAAUGUAGCAUAAGGUUUUACCAAAGGGCAUCACAUUGUUUUAUUGUAAAAAAUAAUCUUUCUGUAAAUGUAUGUACAAUAAUUGUGACUGUAAAGAAGAAGAAUAUUUUAAUGAUAAAGUGUUUUUGUUUAAACAA